AAAUAUUGUUAGUAUGGAGGAUAUUGAGGAAAAUAUUGAACAAAAUUUAGAAAAUGAGGAAUUGGAUGAUUAUGAAUUGAAAGAGAAUGAAUUAGAAGAGAAUGAAUCAGAAGAGAAUAAAUCAGAGAAGAAUAAAUCAGAAGAGGGUGAAUCAAAGAAGGAUGAAUUAGAAAAGGAUGAAUUAGAGCAGGAUGAAUUAGAGGAGGAUGAAUUAGAGGAGGAUGAAUUGGAGGAGGAUGAAUUGGAGGAAGAUGAAUUAGAGGAGGAUAAAUUGGAGGAGAAUGAAUCAGAAAGUAGUGAAAAAAUAAAUUUUGAAUCAGAAGAGAAUUUUGAUAAUGUUAAAUUUAAUGAUUUAUCAAAUGAAAUAAUUAAAGGGCUUCAGCUUCUUUAUAUCAAAGAUAAACAUACAAUUUCUGAUCAAGCAUUUAAUGAAAUAUUAGAAAUUUUUAAUAUUUCUAAUAUUUCUCUUUAUUGGCUUCGAAAAGUUUUAGGAAAUUUGGUUUCACUAGAACCAAAGCUUAUAGAUAUUUGUUGGAAUUCUUGCUGUGCAUUUACUGGACAAAAUGCUAAUCUUAAUACAUGUCCUAUAUAUAAAGAGUCACGAUAUACAACUAAAAAAAAAUCUAAAAAAUCUCGAAAACAAUUAGCAUAUUUUUCAAUAACAGAUAGCUUAAAAUUACAAUAUAAAAAUCCAUCACGAGCAAAAGAUCUUAGAUAUCGACAUAUGUAUUAUCCACUUCAAUCAUUACAAGAAUAUAAUAAUUAUGAUCCAGAAAAUUUACCAAUGCGUUCUCAUAAUAGUUAUAUUCUAGAUAGUAAUGAAUGCAAAAAAGUAGAUAUUAUGCAUGCACUUUUUGAAAAUGUUGCUCCUCAUAUGUUUCGUCACUUUAUAGGAAAAUUUUUUAAAAAUGAAAAUUUAAAUAAUACUGAAUAUAAAAUUUCAAAAAAUAAUUGGAAUGAAAUUGAAAAAAUAAUUGAAUAUAAUAAGAAAACAAUGCCAACAGAUUUUGGUAGACCUCUUAUUAAUAUUCAAAAAUAUUAUUUAUCUUUUAAAGCUGAGGAGUGGUGUAAUUGGAUAAUUUUGUAUUCAAUUCCACUUUUGUAUAAAUAUCUUCCAGAAAAGUAA